UUAUCAAACGUUUAUACAAGUUUCUUUACAUACACCAACUAAAUAUGCUUAGAAGUGUAGUGAAUAGAAAGCCCAAUGUUGGGUCAUUAAGAAGAUUUCUUCAAACUGCUUCUGUAGGUACAAGUUCCUUUGCUCCACCUCCAACUUUUCAAACUUCAACAUUAUCAAAUGGAUUAACUGUAGCUAGUGAAGUAAUUCCUGGAACUAAAACUGCAACUGUUGGAGUUUGGAUUAAUGCAGGAUCAAGAGCUGAUACUCCUGAGAAUAGUGGAACAGCCCAUUUCUUAGAACAUUUAGCAUUUAAAGGAACUAAUAGAAGAAGUCAACCACAUUUAGAAUUAGAAAUUGAAAAUUUAGGUUCACAAAUUAAUGCUUAUACUUCAAGAGAAAAUACCGUUUAUUAUACUAAAUGUCUUUCUAAAGAUAUUGAUCAAAAUAUUGAUAUUUUAAGUGAUUUAUUAACUCAAUCUAAAUUAGAAGAUCGAGCUAUUGAAAAUGAAAGACAUGUUAUAUUACAAGAAAGUGAUGAAGUUGAUAAAAUGUUAGAUGAAGUUGUAUUUGAUCAUUUACAUGCAGUUGCUUAUAAAAAUCAAGAUCUUGGUAGAACUAUUUUAGGACCUCGAGAAUUAAUUAAAACCAUUAAUAGAAAUGAUUUAGUUAAUUAUAUUACUACAAAUUAUAAAGGUGAUAGAAUGGCAUUAAUUGGAGUAGGUAAUGUAGAACAUGAAGAAUUAGUUGAAAAGGCUAAAAAAUAUUUUGCUAAUAUUAAACCAUCAGAAGUUCCAUUUAAACAAAAUGGAGGUGAUUUACCAAUAUUUUAUGGAGAUGAAAUUAGAAUUCAAGAUGAUUCAUUACCAACUACUCAUUGUGCAUUAGCAGUUGAAGGUGUUAGUUGGUCAGCUCCUGAUUUCUUUACUGCUUCAGUAGCUAAUGGGAUUGUGGGAACUUGGGAUAGAUCUGUUGGUAUUGGAUCAAAUUCUCCUUCACCACUUGCUGUAACUGCUGCAACUGGUGGACCUGAUAAAACUCCAAUUGCUAAUAAUUAUAUGGCUUAUACUACAUCUUAUGCUGAUACUGGAUUAAUGGGAGUUUAUUUUUCAGCAGAAAAGGAUGCAGAUUUAAAAUUAUUUAUUGAUGCAGUAUUACAAGAAUGGGCAAGAUUAAAAUCAGGUAAUAUAACUGAAGAAGAAGUUGAAAGAUCUAAGGCUCAAUUAAAGGCUUCAUUAGUAUUAGCAUUAGAUGAUUCUACAUCUAUUGCUGAAGAUAUUGGUAGACAAUUAGUUAAUACAGGAUUUAGAUUAACUCCAGAAGAAGCAUUUGAAAGAGUAGAAUCAAUUACUAAACAAGAUGUGGUAGACUGGGCUAAUUAUAGAUUAAAGGAUAAACCUAUUGCUAUAUCUGCUGUUGGUAAUGUUAAAAAAUUACCAUCUCAUGAAUAUAUAACGAAAGGUAUGUCAUUAUAAUAAUGCAUUAAGGGAUAUAUAUACCAGAAAUGAAAAUUGUACAUAGUU